GGCCCACAAGACGGGUCGGGCUCUCCCCCACAAAAGCGAGGAGGAGGCAGCCGCCGCCGCCGCAGGAGAAGGAAGAGAGCGGAGAGAGAUCGCCGGAUCGCCGCCGCCCGCCGCCGCGAUGUCGUCGAUGCUGUCCGCGUUCUCGCAGUGGUUCGUGAACCCGCGCCGCAAUCCGCUGGCCCGCAUCCACAUGCAGACGGUCUCCUCGCGCCUCCGGAAAUACGGCCUGAGGUAUGACGAUCUGUACGACCCCAAGCAUGAUCUGGACAUCAAGGAGGCGCUCGAGAGGCUGCCCCGGGAGGUGGUCGACGCCCGCAACCAGCGCCUCAAGCGCGCCAUGGACCUCUCCAUGAAGCACCAGUACCUCCCCGAGGACUUCCAGGCGGUGCAGACACCAUUCAGAGGCUAUUUGAGUGACAUGAUGGAUCUGGUGAAGAAGGAGAGAUUAGAGCGUGAAGAACUGGGAGCCCUUCCCCUUCACCAGAGGACCCUUCCCUGAAGUCUUUUCUUGAUAGGCCAUGCUGUUUUUUCCCCACCACAAUGCAUCAAAUAAAAUGCAGUGGAUGACUCAUGAAUCAUGAUACUGUCUCUUAUUUUGAAGUUCCAUUUUCAUGUUCAUAUGGUGAUGCAUUGGUCAUCACUGAUUACUCGCAUUCUUUUCCAAAAUACUAAUUUGACAGCAACAAAUUUUCUGCCCCAUGGUUGUCGUAAAUUCUUCAUGUAUUGUUCUUCA